AUGUCCCGAUUCCGUCAGAAUAAAAAAUUUGUUCCUUAGCAGCAUCGCGAACAAUCGCGAGCAAUCGCAAGAAAGGUCGUCGAACGAACUUGCGUCUCUUUAUCAAUUUAUCGUUUCACAAUCCACAAAGGCCGGUCGCGCUUUCGUGGAGGAUGGUGGCGCAAUAACCGCGGUGGCCGCGGUGUUGUUUUGGAACGAGCGUUCCUGCUGUCGGCAAAUCUGCUAACAAACACCAUGGAUAUCUCGAGCAUGCUCGAGGUACAGGUGAAAGAGGAGGCGGAUAUUAAAGAGAACGUGACACCAGGGAGGGACCAGGCAUCCAACACGACCAGUACGGAUUCCAGAUCGACCUCUCAGGAAGAGAGUAAUUUCUACAAGCUCAUGUUUGGCAAUGAUAUUGCAUCUGUACGAUUUCGUAGACUCCAUUGUACAGCUUGUGAUAUGCAUAUUGGUUCCGCUCCAGCGCAGAUUGAUAACAUGUUUGAACAUCCUGUGCUUCGCACAUUGUUAUGCGCAAAUUGUCGUGAAUUUUAUGGGGAUGGUACCUUUGAACAGGGUGAUGAUGCUACGGAUAUGUUCUGUAGAUGGUGUGCAAACGGUGGCAAUUUAUAUUGCUGCUCAUACUGCAGCAAUACAUUCUGUUAUAAAUGUAUAAAAAGAAAUUUUACAUCUUUGGUAAGAAAGAAAAUUGAAGCAGACGAAAAAUGGAAAUGUUUUGUAUGCAAUCCGAGCGAUUUGUAUAGCGCGAGAGCUGUAUGCUGGGCUCUACUUGAACAUGUACAGACAAUGACAAGGAUACUAAAAAAUGACAAGAAACUGAGUGCUGCGGAAAUCGAAAGAAAGAUGAAUUUGGAUGAAUCACCGUGUUGUUCGCGUAGGAGAAGACGUAAACGACGAAGACUAGAAUCCAAUUCCGAGGAGGAAGAUGAUGUACUUGAACAUGAAACUAACGGAUUAUCGAUACACACUGUACAACGUAAACAAUUAAAAAACAUCAAAUUGCCAGUUAGAAUCAAUCCAAAUGGCAAAGUUAAACCGAUCAUUACGAAAAUACAGUCUAUGCCGAUACCUAUUAGACCUCGUCCAUCUUCGUUCUUGACCGGCCCAUCGCAAUCUAUGACGAAUCGUGAAAGCUCAAUCAUCAGUUCAUCAGAGGGUAUCGUUCUUCCAUCGUCUAGUGUGAUAAAUUCAAAUACUUCGUUACCAUCGAGAUACGAUUCUAAUGUACUGCAGCAGCCUUCCUUAUACCGUACGACCUUUAUGAACAGCGCAGGAUCCAAUACUUAUAUUCGAACAGGGAAUUCUCGGAAUCGGAAGAUUCUUCCGGCACCAUCGCUGCCGCCGCCGCUAAUACAGUCGUCAACUUCGUAUCAAACGCCAUCACAACCAAUACAAUCGUCAACUUCGUAUCAGACGCCGUCGUCAAUACAGUCAUCAACUUCGUAUCAGCAGCCGCAGUCAUUCCAAUCUCCACAAAAUACAAUGGUAUCUAUACCCAACUCGACAGACAAGCGUGGUAGAUCACUCUUUCUUCUUCCAAAACCAAGAAAAGAUUUAACACUGACUCCCAACAUAAUUGAUCUCGAUAGCGAUUCUGACGACGAGCCAAAGGUUGUUGAACAGCAAAAUAAUUCGACGAUCAACGGGGACGACGACAUAGAUGUAGAUACUUCCUUUAACAAGGUGGUACCUGUUGCUCUCACUUGGGAGAAUAGCGAUGAUGAUAGUAUAAAAGAGGAGCAGCCUCUGCGAGAAAUGUGCACGACUUUGACGAAGAAUGUCACUACCUUUAGCGAGAUAAUGUUACCGCAUAGUCAAGAACUCGAUAAACUUUUAAGUGACAUAAAGGAAAAAGUGUAUUGUUUUUUCGAUUUAAAUAACGCGAUCCAGGACGUUGAAUUAGCAGCGCAAGAGAGGAUUAGGCGGUUCUGUCGGAAUAUGCGCAGCACAGUCCUUCAAUUGGCGGAUAUCAACGAUAGGAUAGUACGUGAAUACAAUGGAUGGAGGAGAUCUCGAAAAACUGAAACGCAAAUGCCAUCUUCGAUCGAUGAAAACGAAUUAACGUCCCAAGAAAAUGUAGAAAUUCCUUUAGAUAUGACUUGUGUUAACGAUUCUGAUACCGAAUCCGAUUACGAAGGAUUGGAAAAUCGAAUUAAGAAACCAUCCGAUCUUGUUAAAAGUUGCAAUAUUGUUGAAAACUUGUUAUUUUCUAAAAAAACAGUUAUACAUCGUGGCACUGGUAAUGAUAAUAUUCACUUAUCUACAGACAAAGCGACUCAGGUGUACAACAUCCCAAGAGAUUAUGAGAAAUGUAUUUCUUAUUCUAUGUUGACAAAAUCCAAUGAUGAUUCAAAAACAGACAAUAAUAUCUUGAAACAAAUGCCAACAACACCAGACAAAAACUUUGGCAAAUAUGAGGAGCAAUUUAUUUUUUAUUUGCAGCACAUUGAGGAUCAUGGCAUUCAAAUAGAGGAUGUAAAAAGUUCAGCAGACUUAGAUGAAAUACCGUUUCAAGAGUUGAUAGAAACAAAUUCACCAUUUAUUUCACAUUUACUUCAAAAUACUGAUUCACCUGAUGUCAUGUCUACUGAUGAAUCGAAAAUCUGUGAACAAGAAAGAAGUGGGAAAAAUGAUUUGAAUGAUCAUGUUAUAGCAAUGAACGAUAUAACUGAUACAUUGAAAAGCGCAAUUAAUAAUGAUGAUCAAAAAAUUCUCAAUGAAAUGGAUUCUGAUAAUAGGACCCAAGAAACAAAAGAUAUCAGAAUACAAGAAAUGAUAUUACUUGAUGAGAAAUUACAAAAAACUCACGAAAAUACAACAGACAAAGAAACGACAUCAAUGUCAAAUAAUGACGCAAAAUCAAGCAUAAGUGUUAGUAAUAUAGUAAAUAUGGAAGCAUCUACUUCAAAGGGAAAUGAAGACGAUUGUACUAUUAUCGAUGAUUAAUGAGAGGUAUUGUUCAUUAAUGUGCAGUUUUACAUCAAACUCUGAUGAAUUUACAAUUCAUGAAACUGCGUUUUUUCAUUUCCAUUUUUUUCAUUUUUUGAACACAUUUAAUUGUGUCAGAAAUACAAUACUUUACGUUGUAUAAAAGUUGUAUAUAAUAUUUUAUUCCUAAAUUGUAAAGAGAUAUCUAAUAUAGGAAUAAUAUCAAAUAAAGAGCUUGUUUCCAGAAGAAAUUAAAUCUAUUUGGUAUUUUUUUUUAAGAAUGUAUUCCCCUGGAUAUGUUAAAUAUAUGUAUACCAUAAACUUUUUACGAAAAGUUAACUUUUUGGCAUAUGUUUUAGGAAAUAAGCUCUCUAUACUAAAGCUCUCUAUCUACUAUCAAUAUACAAUUUUUCUUACAGUUGUAUGUAUAACUGAUUGCUUAUUUGAUGUAUAUAUUAUCGUACUAUAUUAUUUUUACAAAUCUCUAUUCGUCCCGAAUUCUUUGAAAUAAUAAUAAUAAUAAUAAUAAUAAUAAUAAUAAUAAUAAUAAUAAUAAUAAAUCUUGAUCACAAUGCAAUUUCUAUUGAACAA